AAGAAGAAAGCAUGGCGGACGAUCACGGGUAAAGUUGAUGUAAUUCAGCCAGGACAGUUUUUUGUCGACAAUGUCGGAAUUCGCGCAAAUAUCACGCUUUAAAGAAGAAAAUAAAAGGGCUUUGCUGGAACGCCAACAACGGCUGCUCACGUGUGAGAGAUUUAAGGAAGACUAUGAAAAACUUGAGGCUCUAUUGCAGACUCUUCCAAACAAAACAUCCCACGAGGUUAUGGUUCCAUUUGGAUCUGUGGCUUUUAUGCCAGGAAGACUUAUUCACACUAAUGAGAUUAUGGUGCUUCUUGGAGACAACUGGUUUGCUGAGCGUUCGGCUAGUCAAGCUCUUGAAAUGGUGGAGAGACGAAAAAAAUAUCUGGAGAAAAAUAUUGCUGGGAUUAAGGAAGACCUGAAGAAUUUUGAAUCAGCAGUAAACUUUGCCUCAGAAAUUCAGUCCGUUGCUGAGGAAAAUGCAGAUGUAAGAGAAAUCAAAGAAGAGCUUUCAUCACAAGAGGAGGAGAGAUUUUCAACUCAGCAUUUACGAAAGGCACACCCUAAGGCUGAAAGAUUUGGUGGUACGAAGAAAGUUCAAGGACUUAAGAGUGAUCAAAAGGAUACAGUAACAAUGAAAGGAAAUAAGGUACAAAAAGUGUCUUCAGAAGACUUGUCUUUGCUUGCAAGACUAGAUGAACUGGAAGAAAAGGAAACUAAGAAUGCUGAACUAGACCAGGUUGGGAAGGAUGAUUCUGGUGAUGAAAAAAGCAUAACCACAGGCGAACACACAAACAUACAAGGAGAUGCAAGAUGGGGACUUCAUCAUAAAGACAAAACAAAUGAAACUGAGGAUGAUGAUGAGAAUCAUGAUAGUGAUGAUUUACAGACCACAAUUUCAGUCAAGUUUAGCUCUUCAUCAGAGCACUCACAAGGGCAGUCUCCAAAGGAUUCUUGUGAAGAACUUACUGUUACAAGCCCAGCAGACAUCUACUCACAGUUUGCUUCUAAAAAAGAGUUAAAAUCCAUUUUGAGAAGGCCUUCUGCUGAAGAAAAAGACAAAAAAAACUUUGAAGAAGAGACAUCUCUUACUACACAGCAAUUUCCUUCUGAUAUUGUCAAAGAUAACACGCAGAUAGCAGACUUUGACUCUCAGAAGGCAUUUACAGGGAGUAUAAUUGAAAAGCCUGCUGUGCAGAUGAUCAGACAAGAGAGUUCUCACUUGCAGUCAGGCACAUCCCAACCUGGAAAGAAGCUUUCAAGAUUCAAAGCCACAAGACAGAAGCAACAAUAACACAUUCCUAAUUGUGAUAGCAGUCAAACUGUUUUUUUGCCUGACUUUCCCCAGAUAAGGGGGAGGGGGGG